AUGGAACUUACCCCAGGGUUUUGGGACAGCCAGGCCUCGAGAACUACCGCCGCCAUCCGACGCAAGCGGAUUAAGAAGGCCCCAGCCGCACAGCACCCUCCAGAGACCGAGGCUGACACCGCCAUGGAGACCGAUGCCGAAGAAUGGUCGAAAGUCGUCGGCAGACGAUCGAAGCAAGCGAGUAAAAUGACGGCUGCUGCACCCCCACUCACCACGGGACUCCGUCAGCGUCCAUCAGUUUUCUCUAAAAAACCGCCGGCGAUCCUAAUCCAAAACGCGGCCGGAAAGUCCUACCAGGACACCAUUCUGGCGGUGCGAAACUGCGGGCUGACCAGGGAGGAGAUAGGCACCAGCGUAAUGAUGAGGCAGACACGGGAUGGAUGUCUCCUCUUGGAGCUACCCAAAGGCAGCAGCUCCACGAAGGCAGCCAAGAUAAUCGCCUCAGCCAUGUCCAGCAAGCUCGGCGACACCGUCGGUAAGGUGGUACAGCUCGGGGUCCAGGUGGAGGUUGAGGUGCUCGACAUCGAUGCAGCCGCCACCGCAUCGGAAGUACUGGAGGCACUUCGGAACGCGAUCCCUGGUCAGGAUGACCCGACAGGCAAGAUCGACAGGGACGUUGUGAGUGACGUGAGGAUAUGGAGUACCCGAUCCGGACAGCAGAUCGCGACGGCGAAAAUGCCCAGGAGCAUUGCUGCCAGCAUCACUAGGGUCCCGAUCGGGUGGACCAUGUGCCGCGUCCGGCCAAGGACGCUGCCACCUGAGAGGUGUUUCAGGUGUCAGGCUUUCGGCCACAACGCCAGAUCCUGCACCGCGGAGGACAGGACGGGCGCCUGCUGGAAGUGCGGCGUGGUAGGCCACGCAAUGAAGGACUGUAAGGAGGCUGACGACCGGUGCAUCGCAUGCGAGAUCACCGGACUGCAAAGGGUCUUACACAAACCAGGCUCGGGUGCGUGCGCCGCUAGGAGACAGUCAGCAGGCACAGGUCUCAGAUGA